CGUUGUGGAAAUCUUAUAAUUCGGCCUUUCUGGCCGCCAAUGCAGUGCAGGGCACCCCAUCUUCAAAGUAACUAUUUAUCAUUCUCUCAAUUUGUUCACUCUAUCUCUACCGGCAGUACUACACAGGCUCUCGUCUCUAUCUCGUUUAUGUCCAUUUUCCAAGAUGGGAGACUGGGAAGUUUUUGGAUUUUCAGCCCUUGUUGUGAGCCUCAUUGUGGCCGGAGUGAAGAGGAACUCCAUUGCCAAUUUCAUUCAGGAUUUCAAAGAUGUAUCCAGCUUAGCCAAAGCUUUAAUUGGCAUCAAAGGGGCAGAAAGGAAAAAUAAAACUGUCAUUACUAUCUUAUCAGAUGGAGUGUCACAUUAUCCAGACCGUCCCUUUUUGCUGUAUCAAGAUGAAAAAUACACGUACAGUGAUGCAGAGUCGGAGUCCAACCGCAUUGCUCGAUGGGUAAAGACGAACUCUGAUUUGAGCCAAGAUGAAACAGUAGCAGUCCUCAUGAAGAAUGAACCAUCUUUUAUAUGGAUGUGGCUAGGUUUUGCCAAGCUAGGAGUUGGAACAAGCCUUCUCAAUUACAAUCUGAAAGGAGAGAGCUUGAUGCAUUGCAUGAGAAUCAGCAAUGCAAGAUACUUAGUGAUGUCAAGAGCUUUCAUCGACAUCGCCAAGGAGCUCCUUCCUGAACUGCAGCAACUUGGAAUCAAGGUAUGGGUUUUGGGUAGUGUCUCCAAUGGUACAAAGCUUCCUGAUGGAAUGGUUGCCAUGGAUACCGGUCACGUGACAGGAAAUCCACUCCCAGUCGAUCAUCUAGCUCCCAUCACCCAUAGCACAAUAGCAUCUCUUAUCUUUACGUCUGGUACUACAGGUCUCCCAAAAGCAGUGAAAGUGCCCCAUAAAACCCCAAUAAAAGCACACUAUGCAUGGUCUUUGUGUGGUGGUCUCAAGCCAACAGAUGUCCUGUAUGUCUCUCUUCCUCUCUACCAUUCUUCAGGCCUUUUAAAUGGUGUCCUCAGCUGUCUCAGUGCAGGCUGCACAGUAGCUCUGGCACCCAAAUUUUCAGCAUCACGCUUCUGGGACGAUAUCCGCAAGCACAAAGCCACAGCCUUUCUGUAUAUUGGUGAACUUUGCAGAUAUCUUCUUGCGCAACCUGAAAAGCCAAAUGAUGGCCAAUACCCAAGCCCUUUGAGAAUUGCUUAUGGCAAUGGCUUGGGGGCAGAUAUUUGGGAGCGGUUUCAGAAGCGUUUCAAGAUCGAGAAAGUAGUAGAGUGGUACACCGCCACAGAGGCGUCGGGAGGAUUCAUCAAUACCGAUGGGAAGGUUGGAUCCGUUGGAAGGUACUCCUGGUUGGCAGAAAAACUUGCAGGAAACUGUGUUGUGGUUGAAUGUGACUUUGCUACCGCCCAACCCAUACGAGGGUCUGACGGGAAAUGUAAACCAGUUCCGAGAGGUGAGACAGGGCUGAUGCUGUUCAAACUGGACAACUUCAACAAGUUUCUUGGCUACCGCGGUCCCUCGCAUCAGACCCAGAACAAGCUGGUCCAUGAUGUCAAGAAGACCGGUGACCUGUUCUUCAACAGUGGUGACCUGAUGAUGAUUGAUGUGGAUGGGUAUGUGUACUUCAAAGACAGGUUAGGAGACACUUUCAGGUGGAAAGGGGAAAAUGUAUCCACAAUCGAGGUAUCCAACAUCAUGAGCAGACUGCCAUCUAUAAUGGAAUGCAAUGUCUAUGGAGUGGAGGUCCCAGGUUGUGAAGGAAGAGCUGGAAUGGCUGCUAUUGUUCUACAAGAUGGUCACAAUCUAGAUUUCAAACACCUCUACGACCAUGCCACCAACCAUCUCCCGGACUAUGCAUGCCCCAAGUUCAUCCGUGUCAUGCUCGAGAUGGACAUCACCACUACCUUCAAGCACAAAAAGAAACAGCUGGUUAGCCAGGGAUUCAACAUAGAGACGAUUUCCGAUGACCUUUACGUCGUUGACAAGGCCAAAGGUGCCUAUGUUCAAAUUAGUCCAAACAUUAUGGAAAGUAUACAGCAAGGAAGCUUCAAACUUUAAGCUGUUUGGGGUUCAUACUUCAUCUCUUUUCUUUUGCUGACUCUUAAACAAUGAAUCUUUGAAGGGUGUUUGAAGUGCUUUUUCUGACAUCUUUAUCUUUUGAUCCAUUCUUUUGUAAUAAUAUAUAUAUAUCUUUCCUUUUUAAAGUAUGAAAUGUGAAUAUUUCUUCAACUUUGCAUAUGAAUUGCAUUAAAGCCAUCAUAUUUCACAUGCUAUUUUUUUAUAUCCUUAUUUGAAUUUCUUUUGGAUAUAAAUGGUGAUUUGAAAAAAGGAGAAUGCAUUAUUAGUGAAAACCCCAAAAUUCCUAAAACAAGCUAAAUAGUGGUGCUUAUAAUAUAAAAAGUUGUUCUAUUUAUGAUGGUUUGUUAUUGUAUUGGGAAUAUUGCUGCUUUCAAGAUAUAAAGCCAUUUUUGUAAGAGAUUCUAUAUGCAGUACUUGGUUUUAUGUUUUUUUCAUGAGGGCUGCAUGCAUUGUCUUUCUUUCUAUUCUGUGUUUUGUUUAAAUGGUUACUGAAGAUUUGUUGUUCUGAAAACUUUAAUUGCAAGUUUCAGGCAUUUCACUAUAAGAUUGAAAUUUACCAUGCGGUUCACGCCAAUGAUUUCUCACAUGUGUGACAAUGUUAUUCUUCAUAGGACAAGAUUCUGUAGCAAAAAAUAUAAAUAUUUCCAUAAUUGUCAAUAAAAGUAAUUAGUAAAACCAAAGUUUAACAAGUUUUCAUAUGCUGAAGUGAUUUGAUGGCUUGUUAAAUCAUAAGCUACGCAACCCAUUAUCGCAUGUUAUGCAAGAAUAGUGUAAAUAUGAAUCCCAAAAAAUUCAAAUAAUAAAAAUAUUUUCAUGUGCUCCAAAAGAAGUGCAAGUGGCUGUAUAUCACCAUUUGUAUUUUCCUUUAAUAGCCUGAAGCCUACCACACAAUGUGAUCGGAUCACAUUUCUUUUAUUAAAAGACCUGUUAAGAUCUUUCAUUGAUAUGAGUAAUAUAAAUAGUUGAAAGGUACACGUAUGUUUGUCAGUCUUUGUUAAUUAUUCUGUAGCCUCAUUUUAUUAUACAAUUAUACUUUGAAAAGAAAAGUGAUUAUAUAUUUUUGUCAUAUAUUUUUACUGAGCGACAUACAGGGUAUAUUUUGAUUCAUUAAUCAGGUCAAAAUGAUUCGUAAUUUUUUACAUUCGAAAUUAUGCUAUUCAAAAUCACCUUCAACUUCUUAGCUCUUGGCAUAUAAUGCAUCUUAUAGACAAAAAAAACAUGAAAACAAACGCUGUCAGAAUUAUUGGACAAAUGUGUCAGAAAGGCAUGAAUGAAAUUUGUUGAUCUCUGCAAAUUAUGUAUUUCUAUUUUUAGUACAGCAUUACAAACAAAUUAUUUUAUUUUUCAUUUCUUUCCUGAAGUACGUUUUUAGGAGCCCCGCUGGCAUUUUGUAUGUGUGUCAAAUUUAUAACUUUCACUGCCAAAAGACUCUAUUUUUGGAAAUAUUUUUUUUUCAUUAAAUAGAUGCCCAAAAUAUAUUUCUCUGUGUCUCACACUGUCCACUGUGCCUGCUUUUUAGCCACAAGUUAAAGGUAAUAGGAUAUUUUUGGUAUGAAAAAUUGAUAAGAUGGAGUGAUCGAUGUGGUGUUCAUACUUUCAAGUCUUAUACAGGUAUGAUAAUUAUAACAUAGCUUUUUUGUAUAUUGGUCGCAAAUGAUGAUCUGUAUUAAAAUUACUUUGGUUACUUGGUCCUUUGAAAAAUUCUUUUUUCAGUUUGGCUAAUUUUUUUUCUCUUUUUUUUUUUUUUGCUAAAAGCAACAUUUUUCUUUUGGUGAAGUACCAAAGUUUAAUGUUUCAUCCUAGUUCUACUGCCUUUACCUAUAGUUUCAGAAGAUGCACUGUUUUUGGUUGUAACUCUGAAACUUAUCGAUGUCGCCUGAGCUAGAGCAAACUUGGGAUAGAAGCGUUUUUUUUAUUAUUAUUAUUUCUUGUAA